CAGCCGCAGGCAGCGCUCAGGACCCUCCCACCAUGGCCUGGCUUCCCCUCUACCUCCUGCCCCUCGUCGUCUCCACAGGUCUCUGUGCUGCUCCUGUGCUCACCCAGCCCCCAUCUGCCUCUGCCACCCUGGGGGCCUCGGCCAAGCUCACCUGCACCCUGAGCCAGGAGCACAGUGGCUACAGUAUUGAAUGGUUUCAGCAGAGACCAGGACAGGCCCCUCGGUUCAUCAUGAGACUUAAGAGCGAUGGAAACCAAAACAAGGGGGACAGCAUCCCAGAUCGCUUCUUGGGCUCCAGCUCUGGGGCCGACCGCUACUUA